AUGGCUACUCCUCGCACCGCGACCACGACCACGACCACGACCACCGUCCCUUGGCACUUCGCCUUGGCAUUCCUCAUCGCCGCCCUCUUCUCCCCGGCCCCGGGCCUCGCCCACGGAUCUCCGUGGAGCCGCUCCAGCUUGAACGCGAUCGACCAGUGCUGGAGGCGCUUCCCCAACUGGCGGAGCCAGCGGCAGCGGCUGGCCACCUGCUCGGUCGGCUUCAGCGGGAAGAUGACCGGCAACAUCGGCAAGGGGACCGUGCAGUACACCGUCACCGACCCGAGCGACGACCCGUUGAGGCCGAGACCCGGGACGCUGAGAUAUGGAGCCACCUUGGUAAAUGGCAAAGUGUGGAUCACGUUCGAGAGGGACAUGACCAUCACGCUCCAGAAACCUCUCCUCGUGAGUAGCUUCACGGCCAUCGACGGCCGCGGCGCGAACGUUCACGUCACCGGAGGCGGAUGUUUACUGGUCUAUAAGGCCACGGAUGUGAUUAUCCACGGUCUAUACAUCCACCACUGCCGAGCGCAACCACCGAGCCAGGUCAUCGGGCCGGACUCCAAAAUCAUUCCCCUCGGCCAAGUUGACGGCGACGCCAUCCGGCUCGUGACGGCGUCGAAGGUGUGGAUCGACCACAACACGCUCUACGCAUGCCAGGACGGCCUCCUCGACGUCACGCGAGGGUCCACCCUGAUUACCAUCUCCAACAACUGGUUCAGAGACCAGGACAAGGUCAUGCUCCUCGGCCACGACGAUGGCUACAUCCGCGACCGCAACAUGAAGGCCACCAUCGUGUACAACCACUUCGGCCCUAAUUGCAACCAGCGGAUGCCGAGGGUUCGACACGGAUACGCACAUGUGGCGAACAACUUGUACCAGGGAUGGGAACAGUACGCGAUCGGAGGAAGCUCGGGCCCAAGCAUCAAGAGCGAAGCCAACCUGUUCAUCGCGCCGGAAGGAGGCAACAAGGAGGUUACAUGGAGACUAGGAAGCUCCUUGAGCAAAAGAACUUGGAGCUUCUACUCAGUGAGGGAUGUGUUUGAAAACGGAGCUUCUUUCGCGAAAAAGGGAAGAGUCGGCGGCGCAAAACCUCACUACGAUAUGCGACAGCGCUUUAGAGUCAGCGAUGCGCAGUCCGUGAGGUCGCUGACCAGCUCGUCGGGCGUUCUCAAGUGCUCUAGGGGAUCUCGAUGCUGA